AUGAUUAGUGGGGAUACCAUUCGUGUGAGAUUUGUCCUCAGCGGCGCCUGCUACCCGGGGUACUCCGGGCGCCAGCUGCAGAUGCAGGUGCCAAUUGUCCGGAAAGACGGUUCUCCGAUGAAAACGAUGGACCUAAAGAGUCAGAUACGGAGGGAGUGGCCGAGUGAUCUAUCGGAGAUGCAAGAGACCAUUAAGACCAUAGAGAUGAAGAUCCUGCGGACAGGGAAGCUUCUCCCAGAUGACACUCCGCUGCGGAGUGUUAUCACCACCACGGAGAUGCAGGAUUGUAGUGUAAGCGCAGGAACGCCUAACCCUCACGAUGAAGAACAAAAGUGGCUGCUUAUGCAUUUGGUUUUUCAGCGGUGCAGCAAUGCGUUGAAGCAAGAUAAGGGAGAUGACAAGGCGACAGUAGGUAGAAAAAAAGAAACGGGCAGCAGCGAAAGCAGGUGUUGUAUAAUCAUGUGA